UCUUAUGAUCAUAGAAGAACUGUGAGUUAGGGCAUAUAUGCAUGGCUUGCAGCUUCAGGGCCUUGUUGCAUUGCUUGCUUGCCUUGUCCCUCUGCUCCACGGCAUAUGGUGGGCAGCUCACGCCGACGUUCUACGCACUGAGCUGCCCGGCGCUUGAGCCCAUCGUGCGCACCACCAUGACCAAGGCCAUCAUCAACGACCGUCGGAUGGGCGCCUCCCUCCUCAGGCUCUUCUUCCAUGACUGCUUCGUCCUGGGUUGCGAUGGCUCAAUUCUCCUGGAUGACGCGGGGAGCUUCGUCGGCGAGAAGACCGCUCUCCCCAACGCCUCCAUCCGCGGCUACGAGGUCAUCGACCAGAUCAAGGCUAACGUCGAGGCCGUCUGCCCCGGCGUGGUCUCUUGCGCCGACAUCGUCGCCCUCGCCGCGCGGGACGGCACCGUCCUGCUCGGCGGCCCAACCUGGGCGGUCCCGCUGGGUCGGCGCGACUCAACAACGGCGAGCCUGAGCCAGGCGAACAGCGACAUUCCGGCGCCGACGCUGAACCUGGACUCGCUUAUCUUGGCGUUCGGCAAGAAGGGCCUGAGCCCGGCGGACAUGACGGCACUCUCCGGCGCGCAUACCAUCGGCUACGCGGAGUGCGAGGACUUCCGCGGCCACAUCUACAACGACACCAACGUCGACCCGGCGUUCGCCGCCCUGCGGCAGCGCAACUGCCCCGCCGAGUCGGGCUCCGGCGACACCAACCUCGCGCCGCUCGACGUGCAGACGCGGUACGUCUUCGACAACGCCUACUACCGCAACCUGAUGGUCAGGCAAGGUCUGCUGCACUCGGACCAGGAGCUCUUCAACGGCGGGUCGCAGGACGCGCUGGUGCAGCAGUACAGCACCGACCCGGGGCUCUUCGCGUCACACUUUGUUGCCGCUAUGAUAAAGAUGGGGAACAUCGGAACGCUCACCGGAAGCCAAGGACAGAUCAGGGCCGACUGCAGGGUCGUCAACAGUCGUUAGCCGCUGACAUGAUGUUGCUUCAUGAAUCAUGAUGGUUAUAUAAUAUAUUUAUCUAUGAAUGUAACACACAACAAAGUACAAUGAUGAUGUGCAUGUAUGUAGCUUGGUUGGCUACAAAAUGUACAGCCAUGCAUGUAUGACAGAAUAAGAAUUUGGUGGGAGGUUCAGAUUUGUAUUGCUUGGGCUGAGAACCCAGAAGGCCGCCCAUAAGCCCAGGCAUCUUUAGGCCUGUCAAUGGAAUAUGUUAAAACCUACCCU